AUGUACCAAAAGCGAAAAAGGAAAAAUGAGCGAAGGUUGACACUUUUGACACCUGUCACUUGGAUCGUUGGAUCGUCCCGGCGCACGCAAUGGCAUCUUCAGGUGGGCUUCGCAGGCCCAGCAAAGCGCGCUCUAGAGAAAGCAGAAACGGGCAAACUCCCCGGACAGGCCCGCAGGGCUCAACUAAAGUUGCCCAUGAUCGACGACAUGGAUACAGAGGCGGUGGAUCCGUUCGUUUGGACUCAGGUUUUGGCGCGCCUGCGUGCCCCGCAGCUCGAUAGAAGGGGCAACCAGAAAAAGCAAUGA